CCAGCCCUGCACACAAGCAACUCCCUUGGGACGUCUCGGGCAUCCCGGCCCCGGGCUCCGGGGACACGCAGCGACCCCCCCGGGGACGUCUCGGGCAUCCCGGCCCCGGGCUCCGGGGACACGCAGCGACCCCCCCGGGGACGUCUCGGGCAUCCCGGCCCCGGGCUCCGGGGACGCUCAAGCGCCUCGCGGGCCUCCGGCGCGUGAUGGGUUAAAACCGGCCCCGCAGCCGGGGCGGGGCCGGGCCGCGCUGUGGGAGCUUCCGGCCCCCACCGGAAGCCGCCGUCUCAAGCCGCUUCCGGGACCCCGGAGGCCCCCGGCCCUUCCCCCUGCGCGCAGCCCCCGCGGCCGGAGCGUGAGUGGAAUCGCUGACUCUGCUGUGCUCAUCCAAAUGGCAAAAUGGGAAGAUCUUUGGGUCCCAAGUUUCCAGGACUUCACGGAAAGGAAACUCUCAAAAGACACCCACCCAGCAGAUGAUGAGAUUGCAAGUGAGAGUGAAGAGGAUGACAGUCCUCAGCCGGAAGGGCCUGAGAAAGUGGAGCCUCAUGGGACAUUAUCAAGAAGAUCCAAAUCAAAUGUUUCCCAGAGUCAGCAGAGCUCAGAAAAGCAGCCGCAAAAGCCUGCAGGGAAGAGACGGGGUAAGUCUGCUCCCCAAGAGAGAGCUUUGGGAAAGCAGCAGAGAAUCCACAAAGGGGAGGUGCCAAAUGCGUGUCUGGAGUGUGGGAAGGUCUUUGGCCGGAAAUCACAUCUCAUUAGACACCAGAGAACUCACCGGCGAGAGAAGCCGACUAUUUGUAAUGAGUGCGGGAAGAGCUUCAGUCGCAGCUCAACCCUCAUUGAGCACCAGAGAACCCACACGGGCGAGAAGCCCUACAAAUGCACGGAGUGUGGGAAGAGCUUCAGCCAGAGCUCCCACCUCAUCACGCACCAGAGGAUCCACACAGGCGAAAAGCCCUACCAGUGCACCAUAUGCGGGAAGCGCUUCCACCAGAACUCGCAUCUCCUGACCCACCAGAGAACCCACACGGGUGAGAAGCCCUACCAGUGUACCCAGUGCUGGGAGCGCUUCAGCCGCAGCUACACCCUGACCAGACAUCAGCGGAGCCACACGGGGGAGCGGCCCUAUCAGUGCCCUGACUGUGGCAAACGCUUCAGCCUCAACUCCACCCUCCUCAGCCACCAGAGAACGCACACGGGCGAGAAGCCCUACAAAUGCUCUAAGUGCGGUAAGAGCUUCACGCGGAGCUCCACACUCGUCCAGCACCAGAGAACGCACAUAGGGGACAAGAUCUAUACGUGCCCCUGCUGCAACAAGGUGGCCUGCUCUAGCCUGUUCUUCUGAGUCUGGCUGCGGGACCUGCUCCAGCUUGUCCUUCUGAGCCUGGGUGUCAGGCUCGUUCCAGCUUGUCCUUCUGAGCCCGGGCACUGGACCGCUCCAGCCUGCCAUAGGAUUCCUCUUUUCCUGUUUGUGGAUGUAUCCUAAAGAGCAGGGACUGCCAAGGCACUUUGAGAUGCUUUUCCUGUAGGAACCACAGCGAGCACAGCUCCUCAACAGGGGAAAGCUCACACUUUGUUCACCUUUUGUUUUAGUUCAGCGACUUUCCCUCUUGUGCGUGUGCAUGCUGGGGGAAUGUAAUACUUCCCUUACAUCUCCCUCCUGAUUUCAUAAUACUGUGCACUUCAAUGCAUUUAAGGAUCUUGGUUCUUCACACACACUAAUGAAGUAGGCCUCCCACAGGUUUGAGAGAUAGGGACAUUUUAAAAAUAAAGAAAGGGAGGUGAAGUGACAUCAGUGAGUCACCAGCAGAGCUGUCACGCUCCCCAGCCAGAAUUCCUCACUUAUCCCAUAUUGCUGUCAUGUUCCCCAGACCUGGUUCUCUGUGUGAGAAAGGAGAAAAGCGAGGGGAAAGCCCCUUUUCGUGGGGUUUGCAAGCUCUGCCAAAAUACAUUUCUGGGGCUGUUUUGCUAAUGAACCUCCCAGCCUUGAGGUUCUGUGGGUGUGAUGAAUGUCAGUCCGUAUGAUCUUCACACAGGGCAAGAGUUUCUCUUCCUUGGUGAAAGAGCACUCUUAUUUUGCCUUAGUGGGCUAAGGCCAGUGACUGGGGUGUGGAGGGCUCGAAGAAAAGCAGACCAGACCAAAGCAGAACAGCCUUCCAGAGUUAACACACCUGGAGUUUGUUCCCUGUUUCGUUGGUCGUGGGGAGGAAACCUUUUCCUUUUUGUACGUUGUACCUCUUCAUAUUGUUGAUAAAGAAACCUGAUAAUUAAGCUCAGGAGAGAUGCAGCUGUAUUCAGUUGUAUGAGCAUCUCUCUGUCUUGUUUGACCUAACGUGUUUCUGAUAGGAAUUGUUCAUUGUUUCUUUAAAGCCCAAAUGAAUUGUAUGGACCCGCAAUAUCAUAGAAAAGGCCUGGAAAAGUACCUGCUUCACUUCAGUUUGCAGCCUGCUGGAAUGAACUUCAGACCAAAGCUCUGAUUCCAUUUACAGCAAAGUCCUUGUGGAGCAAGUAAAUCCAACUCUUUCCUCUGAGGUCAGCUGAUCUGCAACUUCUUGAGUAUUGUCUUUGCUGCAGAGUUCGCUCUUACCAGGUGUUGCCCCUAACCUCACCUCCCACACAACCCUCUCACACAAGUUAACUGUGCCUUCUGUCCCAGCUAGCUGGCCUGGCUACAGCUGCAGGUUGGAGCCUGGGUACCACUUUCACUUGGGCUGGUAACCCGCCCAUUUGCAAUGAAGAUGCGGGUUAAAUCACUCGAGUGCUGAUAGUGGAAUUAUGGGAAGGCACUGGAAGACUGUGUGCCCUGAAGGACUGACAAGUUCUCCCACAAUUCACUAGGAAAAAAUCCGAGUGGCUGAUCUUACUGCAGCACAAAAAACCAUGGGCUAUAGCUCUAGAAGUCCUAGCAACACGUGGGGGAGCGAGGCACCAGUGAGGACACUGUAAUGUGGGUGUGGAUUUAUAGGGUGGUCACUCACGCCCGGCUGUUAAUGACCCAAGCUAACUCUGCAGUGAAGACAUACUCUAAGGAUUUUUUUGAGCUGUGUGUUAAACCAGUGGUUCUCAACUUUUCCAGGCUACUGUACCCCUGAAGCUGAGACCCGCGGCAUGGGGCUGAAGCCUGAGCCCUGCUGCCCAGGGCUGAAGCAUGUAACUUAGCUUCACAUGGCCCCAGGCAACUGCCCUGCUUGCCAUCUCCUAAUGCCAGCUCUGUACUUGCAACCCCCUUAAACCCAUCCCACGAUCCCCCUGGGGCUCAUAGCCCACAAGUUGAGAAACAUUGAUCUAGAUGAGUUGACGUACCCCCUGGAAGACCUCUGCGUACCCCCAGGGAUACACAUCUGGUUAAAAACCACUGUGUUAAACCAUCUACAUUUGAAAAUGCUCAGUCACCAGCAGGGAGACAGUUCUGAAGGCAAGAAAAGCUUGAGUCUCGACUCAACACUUCACUGCCACCAGGGAACCAUAAAUGAGCUGCAAACUGUCUCCCUCUUCCUGGCAAGAACUCCAGCAGUUUUCUGCACUCCCUGUGUGAUCUUUAGCUACCAGCUUAGGACUGGCUUAAAAUUAUACUUUAUCAUCUACAAAAACAUCAGCUUUGAGUGAGCUGCUAGAAAAUGAAAAUUAGGUGGUCCUGCAGUUAUCAGAAACACCUGGAAGGAAUUGAAAGAGAUGCUUGUACAGGAGCCAGGAUUAAAGUUCUAUAUAAGUUGAAGUCCUAUACAAAUCUUAAUAGGUGCCUCGCAAUUUGAUUUUGCAAUAGUGGGAAGAAAGCUGACAGUUUACAGUUUAUGCUUUCAGGUCACAGAGAUGCAGAAACUAGAUGCACAAAUACAAACAGAGCUGUUAGGGAUAUUGCUUAAGUGCUAGGAGAAAUUUUGACCAGAAAGCAGAGGCUGAAACAGACCCAGGUCUCUAUAGCAUAUUACCUGUUCUAUAAGAGUGCAAAGUAUGAUGAUAAAGCUACAGAUGUGAGAAAAAGCUGUGUCAUAGCAAUGAAGUGUUGCCAGCUGAUGCCCUAUCCAUACUUGCUACGUUAGAGAAAGAAGCUGAGGAAGAGAGACAUGGAGAUAUAAGCUUGGUGAUCCCUUUUCACAGCAAGUGAAAGGCCACAAAGAGUGAAAACAAUUAUGAAAGGAUGGCCAAAGGUAAUGCACAGCAGUCAGCAAGAGACUAUGGAGGUUACAGAUAUAAAUGUACAGCAGUGAAUGGCAUGAUUGUUCAUAGGCAUAAAACUAUUAUACUCCAGUGACUUUACCAGUGAAUGCUACAGGGAGGCUAUUUGGGAAUCAUAUGUAAAAGAAAUAAACCCAGAGGCUUCUCAAAUGUGAGUAAGCUAUUUGUUCUACUUGAGAUACAAUCUACAGACCCAUGAUUCCCUGUCUGAUACUACAGAGGCUAUCAAAUGGUCAGAGAUGGGCCAAAUCAAAACCCUGCAUUGGAAUACCCUGAAGUUUUGCGGAGGUUCGAAUGUAUAUCUGAACUGCUUGAUUCAGGCCCAGCUAUGCCAGUGGACAUCAUGGAUUCUCAUGUGGCAAAGAACAAGUGAAGUUCAUUACUGAUUAUUGCUCUUUGCACCCUGAAAUGUGAACAUUUGAAAGUAUCUUUGUAAGACAUGGAAUUCCAGAUUAAAAACCCAGAUUUUUAAAGGUAUUUAGGCAGUGUUCCAUUCAGCAUUGCAAGGCCUAAGGCCCAGAUUUCUAAGGGGAGUUAGGGUGUCUAACUUCCACUGGGAGUUAAGCACCUAACUAUCUUUAAAAAUCUAGGUUUAAGUGAUUUAGAUGGCUAAAUCCCAUUUUCAAAAGUGACUUAGCAGCCUAAAUCAUUGAAAGACAUUGAUUUCAAUAGGAGUUAGGAUCUGGGUCUUAAGUGUUUGUCACUUUUGAGAGUGUGAAUUAGCCAUCUUAGUCACUUGGGGUAGAUUCACAAAGGGGACUUAUUUCAGAGGAACAGCCGUGUUAGUCUGUAUUCGCAAAAAGAAAAGGAGUACUUGUGGCACCUUAGAGACUAACCAAUUUAUUUGAGCAUGAGCUUUCGUGAGCUCAUGAAAGCUCAUGCUCAAAUAAAUUGGUUAGUCUCUAAGGUGCCACAAGUACUCCUUUUCUUUUUAAAGGGGACUUAGGUGUUUCAACACCUAUUUCCCCAGUGCCCUUCCACCCAGUGGAAUUCACAGCCCUAAGUUAUGCAUCCAGGCUCCCUAAGCAUUGUAUGGGGAGAGUUAGGUGCCUGAUAAAGGGAUUCUCAGAAGCCAGCAAGCUGAGCAGGGAGCCACCAUAGCCAGCCAGGAGUGAAAUGCACAGGAAAGGGCAGGGAUUAGGACCCAGCUCCACAAAGGUACUCCCAUUGAUCUGGGCCUUAAGGAUCUGACCGACAGGUGGGAGAGAUUCUCAGCUGUGGGGAGCUGCGGUGGAUGCUCCACCUGCCCUGGGUGUGGCUCUUACCAUCAGAGCCCUGGCAGAUACAAAAUUUGUGUCCCCAGCCGCACUGCUAUCUGCAGAAAUAGUCCACGGAUAUAAAGCGGAUACCCAUGGAUUUGCAGGGCUCUAGUUCUGGCACUUGCUUGGGAGGUGGGAGACCUGUUUUCAAACCCUUGCCUGAUUUGGAGCGGAGAUUUGAAUCAAGGUCUCUCAUCUCCCAAGUGAGCGCCCAUACCACCAGGCUAUUGGGUGUUCUGGGGUGGCUCUUUCUGGCUCUUCUGUUGAAUCUGUUCCAUUUGGUAUUAAAUAAAUAUUCCUGGGGCCAAAGGACACAAGAGAGAGGCUAAAUAGCCUGAUGAUUAGCACACUUGCCUAGGAUAUAGAAGCAGCAGGUUCAAGUCCCUGCUCUGGUAAAUAUACAAACUGGAGUCACUCCAACAGGAGAGGGCUCCAACCCAGAAUAGCUUGGUGGUUAGGGCAUUUUCCAGUAAGAUGGGAAACCUGGCUUUAAGUCCUUCCUCCAAAUCAGGCAGAGCAAGCAUUUAAAACUGGUAGAAACUAGGUGCUUAGUGGGGACUUAGGUUUAGGUAGCAACUGAGUGGUGAUUUUUUGAAUGUCUGAGAUGCCUAAAAUGUUGGAUUUAUGAGCCUAUAUCCCUUUGUGAAUAUAGUUCUACACUUUGCAACAGUGGGCAGAGCAAUAGCAAAAUACCUUUAAGAAUGUGGGCCAAAGUGUUCAGUGCUAUUAGAACAGAAUGUUCCCCCCACAGAAAUUAAGCAGCUUUCAGUUGGUGUAGAUUUUAAGCAUAUGAUUUCAACUUCUAACCGUUUUAGAUCAAAUGGGCUAAACAAGAGCUUAGUACAGAUGGUGAAGAAGUGGAUGAAGAAGCUACAAAUCCUUUGAAUCAGCUCCAUGCAUGCAUUAGUAGAUGAGGGAGAGUCACCAACUCAAUUGUUGAGAAGAGGGAUGAAAAUUAACCUUCCCAGCAAGAAAAAAGCUAAACAAGACUCAGAAUGAAGAGAGAAUAAGAUGAAUGAGAACCAGAAAAUUAAACAAAGUUACGUUGAUUUUUCAGAAGAACACACUCUUCCAUCAUUUUAGCUUUGGCGACAUAGUGCAUCCUUGUGCCUACACCACAAAGAGGUGAUUAGAAAAGCAGAGAGAGCUCCAAAAUCCUCGCAAGUGUAUAAUGUGUUGGCUGCCCUUUGAUUUAAUAAACACGCCCUGAGCUCACAGAUACAAAGUCUCCUGCAGAUGACCCCUUAGAACUUGUCAUUGUGGGACAGAAUAGAGAAAAAUGGAGAGGUUAAUUAAUCUGAAGAAGAUAAUACAUUAAGAAGCUCUUAAACCACUACGAAUUAAAAGUGUCAUAAGUCUUUACAGAAAAUUGUAUAAGGACGUAAACGCUUGCUGGAGGGUGAAGUGCAAGUUGCCUCUUCUGCUUGGAGAAGCAGAACAUACAAAGUAACUGAUUUCUGUGUAUGUGAUGUUGAAAUGUAUAUUGUAUACAUUGAGAGACAGGAAGGCAUUGUUUAAAAGAAGGACGAGAUAGUGAUAUAAAUACUAGACUUAAUAGAUGACUCUUAGAAUGUUAACAGGUAUAUGAGAAUUUGGAGAUGGUCCUGAAGAAUUAUUGAUCGAGGGCAAAAUUCUGCCCUGGAUUCUACACCAUCCAAUCCCCCUGAAGGCAGUGGGGCUUGUUAGGGCAGGAUGUGCCAUGUUGUUUUGAAGAAAACAAUUGACUUGAUGGUGCAGCUAUGAAUUCAAGCUGAACAAUAAACUAGUUAUUCUUCUCA